AAAAGAAGCAGAAGAAGAAGCAGAAGCAGAAGCAGGAGGAGAAGCAGACGAAGAAGCAGAAGAAGAAGAAGAAGAAGAAGAAGCAGCAGCAGCAGCAGCAGCAGAAGAAGAAGAAGAAGAAGAAGACAAGCAACCUGCAGCUCACUGGACAGCCCGAAAAAGAUGGCUACACUGGUACCUUUCGUGUUGUUAUCUGCCUUCCUUUUCUGUGUGCAAGCAACAGAGGACAACGCGCCGUCUCUGGAUCCUUCUUUCUGUUAUGGCGGACUUGAAGUGGACUACCCAGAGCUGAACAUCAACAAAUGCCUCGUGAUGCCAAAGAACUUCAGGGAGAAACUCACCACAGUUUGGAGGGCCCCGCAGAUUUUCUUUCCUGAAGCAAAGAAGGAAAAGGCGUACGUCCUUGUGAUGGUUGAUCCUGAUGCUCCAACACAUCACGAAGAUAAACCUGCUUUCUACUGGAGGCACUGGUUAGUCGUGGACAUACAGAGCCAAGCACUCAAGGAAGGAAAAAUACAAGGAAAGACCCUCACUGAGUACUAUCCACCGGGUCCGCCACUGAAGACAGGUUUCCACCGCUACCAGUUCAUGUUGUUCGAGCAGCAUCCAGAUGCUUCAUUGUCGCUCAGCCAGCAGGAGGAGCCUCGGGCUAAAUGGAGUCUUCAGGGUUUCAUCACGAAGUUUGCCCUGGGUAAGCCUGUGGCCGAACUGCAGUUUCUCACCCAGAACUACAAAGACUGAGGGAUGCUCACAUGCCUGAAAUGGAAGAAGAAUAUGUUUGAAAAUAUACAUAAUCAUAUGUAAUCAAAUAUAAUUUCUUACCACUUUUACUGUUUACCUUCUUUCUCUGUAUUAAACAGCACAAAUUCUUCAAAGCUUGCAACAGUCAGCCCCCUUUGCAUCUAUCUUAUCAUUACGUUAGAGAGAGAUUUCCUCUUUUUGUUACACCAGCUGCUGGGUUUUGAUGUUGCCCUGUAUCUGUGUCACGUGGUCCGGAGCGAAGGAUUUGGGAGAUAGAGUUCGUUUUCGCUGGGGGAUUUCUUAUUAGUUUCCGAACACUGUCGACGAGAGAAGGAAGACGGCCUGAUAUCACAGCUCAGUGUGGAAAGAGUUGAUUCUAAUUCAGGGGCGGAAACACGUCAGGGCCAAAAAAAAGGAAGUGGGAGGUGAAACUGAGACCGCAACACAGCCGGAUGCCACAGUGGAACUUAACCAAAAUACUCCACAGAGUGACAGGACAGGGGGAGGGGCUGCAGGGCCUGUCAUGCUCUGAGUGAAGGGAACUUGCUGUUUGUGUAAUUGUUUAUCAUAUUUCCAUUGACCACUCUCACCCCAACUGGAAACAUUGAGUUACUUUCAGGUCCUUGACUGAUUUUCGAAAGUUAAACGGCUCUGUCUAAAUUUGUCCUUGAGUGUAACUUUGAGACAGUGAACCCAUUUUGAACUUUGAACAUCUGCAUGAGAGCCUCACCUGGCAGGUCUGUAGAGGAUGGUGUGGAUAAACUUUUCAACCCUUUCACAGUGAGAUACUUUUCAGACUUGACUGGUCUUUGUAGAGGGUGGGUCAGAGUACCCCCCAUGAGGAAUAUUGGUUUCUAACCAGUAACUGUCCUCUGGGAGUGGCUCGUAUCAAUACCCCAGAUGUCUGAAAAAGGCCGGAUUUACAUGAAUGACUUUGAUGUUCUGAUGAUCAAUCUUUACUUGGUGGUUUCAUUGACCCUAAUUUGGUGUCUCAUCAGUGGGCUAGGCAGGAGUAGGUAAUGGAAGUUUUGUUCCUUUGGUGGUUAAGCCAGCCUUGGUAAACCCCUAUGUGCCCCCUCAAUGAACUCUGGGAGAUCAUUGAUCAGAUUGUCCUGCAUUUGCUUUGUUUGCCUCCCUGACUUAACAGUCAAAGCAGACGAGUCCACAAACAAAACAACCAAAACAAUGCGCGUUAGCACAGAGCUACUCAGAGAAUCCAGUGCUUUUGAACAAAUGCUAAGUAUCCGUCAGUUGGAAUAUUGCACUUGACCUUGAUUUAUCCAUCUUAUUUGACUUAUGAAAUCACAUUUUUAACAAUUGGCAAGUGGAGUAUAAUUCCACACUCAUUGUGGAGCAUGCCAAGUGGGAGAGCAUUCUUCCAAAAACCACCUACUUGAAUCCAUCAGUACGCCACUGAAAUGCCAAGGUUUGUACUUCCAAAUACACUGUGCAUUUUUUUUCUCCUUUAUAUCUCGUAGAUAUCCUGCCAAAACAGCUGGGCUUUGCCACUCAGCUUCCUUGAAUGUGUUUAUUUUUACUCUAAAUGUCAGGAGAGUUGAAAUAUUAUGAUUAAGAAAAACUGACAGCUGUAGUUCAGCACUGCACUGCAUAUUGCUUUCUCUGAAAAAAUAGCUCUUUCACAUCCCCUGACGAUAUGGAAAAGGCAUUUAAUACUUUCUUAAUGUAUUCAAACUUACAUUCAUUAAAGGGAAUUUGUAUAAUCAAUCGCCUAACCGGCUCUAAGUGAUCUAAUAUGCAUGGUGACUCGAGCCUCUGUGCUUCUUGCCUCUUUGCCGAUGAAGAAGUGCGGGAGAUUUGAUGCACACUGGUGAAUCCUGGCAGGCUAUCACUUGUCUUCAACAGUGGCACGACGUAUUCGAGCGUGACAUCUGUUCAGUGCGUGUCGAUUACAUGAAACGGCUGACCACUUUGUACGUGUAUUUGUUUUGCUGCUGAUCCCAACAGACUGGUACUGUCCUACAAAUAUAUCUGCGGCAGUGCAGUGCCGUUCAGUCUGAGCGUUGCCUUACGACCGUGGUUCACAUGAAUAUCCAAAUUUUCAGGCCCUUUUGAGCCCUUGUCUACAUUCACCGACAACAAAAUUCCAAAAAGCACCUUUUGACCCCUAAAGAUUUUUGCUAAGGUAUACAGUAUGCGCUGACAGUGAGCUAAUAGUAAUUUAAAUGAAAUGCUUUUACAGAUGAUAUCAUGAAAACAGAUUAUUUGCUUCUUAGAAAAUGUGUAUUUUUUUUUAUAAGCUUGUCCUGUUUAAAGAAUGUCAUUUAAACUUAAACAUAAUUUGCGAUGUGUCAGAUACUAUGCACUAAAUAAAGUGAAUGUGAUUCUGGCCCACCUCAA